AUGACCGACCCCGUCGCCCCCGCGCCCCCUCCAAGCAUCACACCCAACAAGAACCUCCUCGGUCUAGGUCUAAGUAGCGCCUCGUCCUCUCCCCGCUCGACCCCUCCAACCAUCGGCUCAUCACUCAUCGACUACCCUCACCUCGGUCACUACAUAUUCCAGCUUCUCGCCUCCCUCCAGACCUCACCGCCCAAGACCAGUCAACAUCCUUUGAGCGUAUCAAGCUCAGGAGAAUCCGACGAUGAUCACUCUCCGCCUGAGAGUAGGGAUGAGCGCGAGGGGUCUGCUAAUGGCGGGAAUGGGGGCUUGUCGAGCCAGCCAGCUCCUGGUUCGGCCUCGAGGCGAGGGAGUAAGGUCGACGUGGACAAGGAUAGUCUUGUGAGGAAGGUCGUGGAGCUUCUCGAUGAGGAGAUGGAGGAGGAAGUCAAGGAGGUGCUCAAGCCGUAUAUGGGCGAACUGGCCAAGGACGACAUCCUGAUGGAGCAAGUAUGCCUUGACUGCAUGCAUCGGAGACGAGAUGACCAAGAAAAGCGCCCGUACCAGCCCCAUCUCACCCCCACCCGCCCGCGCAUCACGCCCACCGUUUCCUCCAGUACCCUCCGACCUUACACUCCCACCCGUCUCCCCUCAUACCGCGGCGCCACGCCUCUCGGUCGACCCCAAUCCCCCGUCCCGUCCGGCGCACAGACUCCCACGCUACCCGGCGCCUACCCUGGUCCAUCCAUGCUUCGCUCCGAAUCCAGCCCCAAGCUGUCAUCCUCGGUCAACACUUCUCCGACCGCCACAGCGGCUGUGCUCAGUGCCAAAGCGUCGGCGUUCAAUCCAUCACCCCGCCUCCCCAACGCUCCGCCCGAGCCGCCCCGGACCGCUUCGCCCUUCAUGAAUGGCUCCACCAUGUCGCGGACGGGUAGCAGCAGGGGCAUCGCCGCUCCACUCUUCAGCGACCAGUCGUCCCCGUUUCACUCCCCCCUCGGGACGCCCAACAAGGGGACUAUCAAAAUGCCGGACGUCUUUUCGUUCACCAAUCUGUCUCGCCCUUCUCUGUCCCGGACCAGCAGUAUCAAGGGCAUCAUCCCGGAUGAUGACGAGGACGACGAGUUCUCGCCCUUCGGCACCAUCCCCACUCUCAAGCAUCCGGAGUUCAGCGGCAGCUCGGGUGGGCUGCGUAUGUCUGCCAAGUCAUUCGAGCCAGGCCGCAUCGACAUGGACGGGCACUUUGACUCGUCCUCCACCCUAUCGUCUUCUAUGCCACACUCGGACUCAUCCCGUGGCUCCCUCGACUCGCAGAAUGAAGACAUGGACGGCGUCGAGGCCGGAACAGGCAUGACACCCCUCGACGUUCUACAUUCCGUCUUCACCUCGGUCCCCAAAGCGGAGUUGGAGUCUGCCCUCCACUCGGCAGGGUAUGACUUUGAAGGCGCGAUGGCGAUCCUCGUCUCGCAGUAUACGCUCCCGCGAUCCGGCGCGUCCACCCCGCAUCGGACCGCCUCGCCCCGCCCGCUCCUUCUGGGUGUGGGCUCGAGGGGGGCAGUACAGACCGCUCAUCACGCGCCGAGCGGGGGAUACUUCGAUCGAGGUGGGAGAAGCUUCCAGAGUGGGCCGCCGCAGCAGACGUUCGGGAGUCAGGGGGGUGGGAGUGGGAUUAGGACGCCGGGCGGGCUGAGAAUGUGCAGGUAUUUCUUGGCGGGCGAGUGUAGGCGGUCAGAUUGUCGAUUCAGCCAUGAUCUGGAUCGAGCGCUGUGUCGGUUCUGGCUUCGCGGUAAUUGCGCCAAAGGGCCGAAUUGCGAAUUCCUGCAUCAGCUCCCGCCCAACAUGCCCUCAUUCGAUCCUCGCGAAUUGUCCAGCGCAAUGUCCCGCCUCGAACCCUUCUCGGACGGAUCCUAUCGGCACAGUCCCGCCGGCACGCCGACCGAGGAAUUCCCCGACCUCAUGGGCGCCCGCGCUAGAAACAACACCCGCUUCGACCCCAGUCGGAACCGCUUCGCAAAUGCACUGAAACGGCCGGUACCCAUGCAGCCUAACCAGCUGUCGCACGUCCAGAUCACUGGCGCUCGAAUGGGUCUCGCUCCGCCCCAAGCUUCAGCCUCUGGGACAGAUAGAUUACCUGCUUCGGUCGUCCCCCUCCCGCGGCCAUCCACUCGGAUCAAGCUUCGCCCGCCUACCCUCAUGCCGACGCUCAAGACCGGUACGGCUGCAAACGAGCAAUACAUGAACUCUCGUCAAACGGCCCUUCGCCUUGGACACGCCCGGAACGCCUGCCUAGCGCGCGCCGCGGACGCCUUCCGCCGAGGAGACGGCGCGGCGGCCAAGCGAUUCUCGCGCGAGGGCAAAUCGCUCAAUGAGAAGAUGACGACCGAAUCGGCCGAGGCGGCUUUACAGCUCGUCAAGGAGCGUCGGGUCGAUGCGCAGCGGGCAGUAAGGGAGCGGGAUGGCGCGUGGUCUGACGACCCCAUGGAUCGGAGCGAGCGGGGUAAGGUCGCCGGUGGUGGACUGGGUGUUAUUCUAGGUGUGGCAGCGCGGAGCCGGGUGGGCGCGGGCGGGGCAGCUGGACAAGGGCAGAGCGGGGACGAGCGGAUGGAAGCGCUGUUGGAUCUGCAUACCCUACAUGGGGCCGAAGGGGUGGAGGUGUUGGGCCAGUUCUUGUCCGAGUUGGAGCGGGAGAAUUAUCGUGGAUUGACGUAUAUCCUCAUUGGGGAAGAAAAGCACGUGGGGAUGCAGGAUCCCCUAAGGGGAGCGAGCAAGACUCGGCUCGGGACCAGUAUUAAGAGCUGGUUGACCGAGUGGGGGUAUGCGUGGAUGGAGGGCGCGGGGUGGGUCUGUGUGGAUAGUUGUCGGUAUUAG